CUCUCUAGGUUUUACGCAAACCCCUAAUCUCCUUCUCUCUCUCUCUCUCUCUCAAUCCCAAUCCAAUUCCAACCUCUCACUAAUCCCCAACGACAUUCGAACCGCCGCGCUUUCCCGACGAAAUCAAUUUCCCGUUUUCACCUCGGCGAAUUUCACCGUCAUCGCCGUUUUUCACAUUCCCGAAUUGCCCCCGGACAUGAUCGCUUCCUCCGUCUGAAGCCCUAACGAUACUCUCCGAUUCGGUCAAAUAUGUCGCUGGAGGAGGUAGCUAGGAGAGCGAUAAAGCACGCGCUCCAGGCUCUGCGGCAGCGGCAUUUGCUCGAAGAAGGCGCUCAUGCUCCGGCCUACAUCGCUCUCGCCAAGCCGAUUGCUCAACAGGGCUCGGAAUGGAAGGAUAAGGCGGAGACUUUGGAGCUGGAGCUUCAGCAGUGCUAUAAGGCUCAGUCUCGGCUGUCGGAGCAGCUUGUGGUGGAAGUAGCAGAGACCAGGUCUUCGAAGGCUUUACUCUUGGAGAAAGAAGCAGUGAUUGAGGAUCAGCAGAAGGAGCUGACUGAAAGGAGGGAUGAGUGCUCUCAGUUGAAGGCUGAGUUGGAAAAGAAGAUUGAGGCUCUAGAGUUGGUUAUGAGUGAGAACAAUGAAAUACGAGCGCAGCUGGAAGAAAUGUCUGUUAGAGCUAAGACUGCUGAGGCUGAAAAUAAGGUGUUAAUUGACCGCUGGAUGUUGGAAAAGAUGAGGGAUGCUGAACGCCUAAAUGAGGCAAAUGCUCUAUAUGAAGAUAUGCUUGAGCGGAUCAGGGCCAGUGGUUUGCAAAAACUUGCCAUGCAGCAAGUAGAUGGUGUGGUGCGCCAAAGUGAAGAAGGUGCUGAGUACUUUGUGGAAUCAACCAAUCCAUCCACAUGCAAGAACAGGAUCAAUGCCCAUGAUGGCGGCUGUGCUUCGAUAUUAUUCGAGUACAAUUCAGGCAAAUUGAUCUCUGGAGGACAGGAUGGGACAAUUAAAACGUGGGAUACAAGUACAGGAGCUUUGGCUAAUACACUUCAUGGUUGCAUUGGUUCUGUUCUUGAUCUUACCAUUACCCAUGAUAAUAGAUCUAUCAUCGCUGCAAGCAGUUCAAACAAAUUGUAUGUCUGGGAUGCUAACUCGGGGAGGGUUCGCCAUACUCUCACGGGUCACACGGAUAAAGUGUGUGCUGUAGAUGUCAGCAAGUUCUCAAGUCGUCACAUUGUAAGUGCAGCUUAUGAUCGUACCAUAAAAGUUUGGGAUUUGCAGAAAGGCUACUGCACCAACACAAUCAUCUUCCCCAAACACUGCAAUGCUCUCGGCUUCAGUAUGGAUGGACAGACUAUUUGCUCAGGUCAUGUUGAUGGAAAUCUUCGGUUGUGGGAUAUUCAAAAAGGAAAGCUGCUCAAUGAAGUGGCUGCACACUCCAAUGCUGUUACAUCUAUAUCUUUGUCACGAAGCGGCAACAUGAUAUUGACCAGUGGGAGGGACAAUGUGCAUCACCUUUUCGAUAUGAGAACCCUUGAAGUUUGUGGGACAUUGAGAGCCACCGGGAACAGAGUAGCAUCUAAUUGGAGCCGAUCUUGUAUCAGUCCAGAUGACAGUUACGUCGCAGCUGGAUCUGCCGAUGGUGCUGUUUAUAUUUGGUCUAUAGCCAAAGCUGACAUCGUCAGCACUCUGAAGGAACACACCAACUCUGUCCUCUGCUGCUCAUGGAGCGGGCAUGGAAAACCACUAGCUUCUGCGGACAAGAAUGGAGUAAUUUGUACUUGGACGUGAUGAUCAAAAUUGUUCAGAUAAAUUCCGCCUUGUUUCCACAUGAAACUCGAUAGACAUUGUAUACAAUUUAAUUAGAUUGGUGUAGAUAUUGAGUCAUCCCUUUUCCCA